CUUAUUUUGAGGUGAUGAAGGUACAACGGACGACACCUUUAAAAUAGCAAUUCAAUGCCACCUCACGUCUUUUUCAAAUUCUUGUAUUAAAUUUCAUUUUACUGAGUGCAAUUUACGUAUUGUGCCGCUAGAUGUCUCACUUCUCAACGUCUUUUAUUGAAGAAGGGAGGAGGUGGAGGAGGCUCUGGUGUUUGUUCUUCAAGCUUCAUUAUUAUGCAGUCAGAGAGACAAGGUGCCAGAGUAAUCAGAGACAGCGGCUCGUCGGCACGGAUAGCUCGGUCUCCGCCGCUCCAGCUCAGACCGGAGGUGACAGGUGAUCUCCCGCUCUGACUGUCUGUCUGUCGGGCUCCGGCGGCGGAUGUUCUCGGACAGGCUUCACCCCACCGCGGUGAGGCUGGACCGACAAGACGCACGCCAUGGCGCUGGAAGCGGACGGGAACAAGUUGCGGCUGCAGGACGUGCUGGAGAAACCUGGCAACGAAAUGUGCGCUGAUUGCGGCAACCCAGAGCCGGACUGGGCGUCGCUGACUCUGGGCGUGUUCGUUUGCCAGGCCUGCUCGCUCCUUCACCGGAGCAUCCCCCACAUCAGCCAGGUCAAGUCGGUGCAGGACACGUGGGAGGACAGCGAGGUGGAGUUAAUGGCUACUAUGGGAAACGGCGCCGCUAAGGCCAAGUAUGAGCAGAAGGUUCCUGCUUUCUACUACAGACCAACACACACUGACUGCAAGCUGCUGAGGGAGCAGUGGAUCCGAGCCAAGUACGAACGAAACGAGUUUGAGUUCAUCGAGAAGCAGGAGCCUUACUCUGCAGGGUACAGAGAAGGGUUUCUAUGGAAACGAGGAAGAGACAACGGCCAGUUCCUCAGUCGAAAGUUUGCCCUGUCGGAAAGGGACGGAGCGCUUAAGUACUUCAACAAGCAGGACGCCAGAGAUCCUAAGGCGAUGAUGAAAAUCGAAACGCUCAACGCAACCUUCCAGCCGGCCAAGAUAGGGAAUCCCUGCGGCCUGCAGAUCACCUACCUGAAAGACAACAGCACAAGAAACAUCUUUGUCUACCACAGUGACGCUAAGAUGGUGGACUGGUUCAACGCCAUCAGAGCGGCUCGGUUCCACUACCUGCAGGUGGCCUUCCCCGGAGCGAGUGACGAGGAGCUGGUGCCCAAACUAACACGGAACUUUAUGAAAGAAGGCUUCAUGGAGAAAACCGGCCCAAAGCACACGGAAGGCUUUAAGAAGAGGUGGUUCACCAUGGACGACCGGCGGCUCAUGUACUUCAAAGACCCUCUGGAUGCCUACGCCCGGGGCGAAGUGUUCAUCGGCAGCAAGGAGAACAGCUACACCGUCCUGGCCGGCUUGCCCCCGUCCACGCAGGGCUACCACUGGAACCACGGCAUCACCAUCGUCACGCCCGACAGGAAGUUCCUCUUUGCCUGCGAGACGGAGGCCGAGCAGCGCGACUGGAUCGCGGCUUUCCAGAGAGUCAUCAAUCGACCGAUGAGGCCACAGGAAUACGCAGUGGAGGCCCAUUUUAAACACAAGCCUUGAAGCCUACAGCAAGUCCAAAGUCAUCUGGACCGGCCCAGUCAGAGAGAUCAGAGACAGCCCCCCACCCCGCACCGCACAACAAGUGGGGAGGCAUUGGAGUCCCGUCUGGGUAAGGAGGAGGUUUUUGGAAUGGGCCAAGAUUGGAAAAGAAAAGGAGAACAGAAGGACUCCAGUCUAUGUUAAAGACGAUGGUUGGUAUGAUCUAAGGCGGAAGGGUAGAGAUGAUGUCUUUUAAUACUGCUCUUACCAACUUUGUGCUGUACAUUGUCAUAGCAGACCCCACUCCCUCUCCCUGUUCUCCUGCCCCUCAGCCAUGUGGACCCCUCAUCUGCAUCAAGCUACCCUUACACCCUUGGAUCUCAUCUUGUGAAUGGUUCUUUCUGCCUGUGAUCUAAUGUAGCUAUGUAACUUAGAGUCAUGUCACUGGUCGCUUAACGAAGACCAACACGUUGUUAAUUUAUUGAAUGUACAGUUUUAGACCACAGUGUCUUAAUCGUGCGUGUGGAAUUGUCAUGUUUUCAUUGAGGACUCUUGCGAGGUCCAACCUCUGGCGCUGAAACCCUGGGAAACCUGAAUUCUACCAAGUGCUGUUAACAACAACCAUGCCUACAAACGAAACUUGCACACAAACGCUCAGUGAACACCACCUGCUGUUAAGGACGGCGGAGCAUGCUGAUCCUCCGCGUCCAACCAGGGUCCCUUUUAGAAAAACUCCACCCCAAACAGAAGCCGCGCCCUUAUUUAUUUGUACUGUCGAACAUACCAUGUCAUCGUGGGAUGCUAAUUCUUUGCUGCUUUCUUGGAUUGUAAUGUGACGGGAUUAUAAUUUGUAGAACACUUCUACAAAUGUUCAAUUUGUUCUUUGUAUCUUGAUUCAAAGGCACACUGUUUUGUUGAUCCUUGCAUCGUCGUGGGAAAUAAAUUUGAAAAAUUAAAAUGGAGGAACCAGAGACAAGAUUACAAUA